AUGACUUUCUGCUCCAACAGUCAUAUAUGGAUGCUAUUCUUUAGUUUUCGUAAGGUAAUGGAGCACCUACCUUACUUCACCUUCUUCUAUGCUCUGAUCUUUUCCUCAUCCUUCUUGGAGUUUUCGGUUGCAGCAACAGACACCAUUAUUCCAGGCCAAUCCAUUAGUGAUGGACAGACUCUGGUUUCCUCCAGCCAAAGGUUUGAGCUAGGCUUCUUCUCUAGUGGCAGGUUCGAAAACAAGUACUUAGGUAUAUGGUACAAAGCUACCCCAGACACCAUUGUGUGGACUGCAAACAGAAAUAACCCUAUUAAAGAUUCAAAGGGAGUUUUAACAAUCAGCAGUAAUGGAACACUAGUUCUUCUCAAUGGAACACAAACCACUAUUUGGUCUGCAAAUCUGUCGAAAACUGCAGUGAGUCCUGCUGCUCAGCUCCUAGAUACUGGAAAUUUUGUUAGUCUAGACAAGGCAAGCAAGAGUUCUGAGAGUUAUAUGUGGCAGAGCUUUGAUUUCCCAUCCAAUACACUGUUACCAGGGAUGAAGGGAUCAGUGAAAAAGUACCGGUCCGGACCGUGGAAUGGAGUUCGAUUCAGUGGUCUCCCCACGAUUAACAAUCCAGUUUUUAGACCUAUAAUGGUCUUCAAUGAGAGCAGGCUGAUUUCUGUCUCUGAGCCUUACAACAAUUCGGUCAUCGCAAGAUCGGUUCUGAACCAAUCAGGCUUGCUCGAACAAUAUUUAAUGGAUGAAAAAGGCGAUAAAUGGACUCUAACAUUCAAUGAACCAAGCGAACCAUGUGACAAUUAUGGGCAGUGUGGUCCCAAUGGUAUUUGCAGUAUCAAUGAAUCUCCAAUAUGUGAUUGUUUGAAGGGAUUCACUCCAAAAUCUCCACAUAGAUGGCAACUGCUUGAUUGGUCCAGUGGAUGUGUCAGAAAAACACCAUUGGAAUGCAAGAAAGGAGAAGGAUUUAUAAAGGUUGCAGGAGUCAAGGUGCCUGACUUGUUGGAGUUCCAGCUAAACACUAGUAUGAGCCUCGCUGAGUGCAAGGCACAGUGCUUAAACAACUGUUCUUGUACUGCUAAUGCUAAUUCGUAUAUCAGUGGAGGAGGAAGUGGCUGUCUGAUCUGGUUUGGGGAUCUAACGGACAUCAAGAAGUUUAUUGCAGAAGAAAGUGAGCAAGAUAUCUAUAUACGCUUGCCAGCCUCAGAAUUAGGUAAGUGGGUAACAUUUUAA